UCCGGUUUCGCCGCGCUACUUCCGGUUUCGCGGAGCCGUCUCCAGGAUGUUAUCAAGUAGCCAUGCUGUGGAAUGCGGUCAGACUUACAUCUGUUGCCAUCUGCUGUGAUUCAUUAACAAGGCAAUGCCUUUUCACCGCUCAGUAAAGAAAAUUACAAGCUAGUACAGUCUCCUGGGUUCUUUGCUGGUGGUUUAACUACGCGUUUCCUCAAGACGCUACAGUGAAAAGGCACCAUCUGAUGUGUCAUCGUGGUCAAAAUGGCAGCAAGAAAUAGAUCUGCGACAAGUCAAACCGGCAGCACAAGCUCAUCCGUAGGAAGCGCUGCUCGUGCCCGAGCUAAAGCAGAAGCAGCAAAGGUGAGAGCGUCGUUUGCAAGUAAAGAAGCAGAGCUAAAAGUGGAAAAAGCUGAAAGUGAACUACAAAAAAUGAAAAUUGACGCAGCGCUAGAAGUGUUAGCAUUGCAAAGAGAAGCUCAUGCUGCAGAAGCAGAGGCUGGAGUGCUAGAAGAUGCAGAGGCAAUACAAGAUGAACAUGAGAGCGGAAAUUCUUUAUUGGACAGAGUAAAAAGAGAAAGAACAAGUUACUAUGUGCAAUCACAAAGCGAAAUUCGACCUCCAAUCGCACAAGUAUCAGCUACACCAAAGCAACACAAGGCCUCAGAUAACUCAUUAGUAACAUGGGAUCCAUCUGAGGAAGAUGUUUUUGAGCCACCACCUGUCAGCAUUAGGCCAAAGUUCACGUUCAAGAAGACAGCUUUGCCAAUUCAAACCAAACUUGGGACAAAACCAAAAGUAGAACAAACAAAGAACGCUCUUAGUCCACACGCAUCCCCAUUCAUGCCUCAUUGCAAUAAUGCAGCGAGCUUACCUCACCCAGCUGAGCCGUUUGCCCAAUAUAUGGCACGUCGAGACCUAAUCACAUCUGGCCUCUAUCAAUAUGACGAUAGGCCAGAGAACUUCAGAGCAUGGUACUCUUCAUUCAGUGGUGCUAUAGCUGAAGUCCACCUGACACCGACUCAAGAGUUAGAUCUCAUGACCAAAUGGCUGGGAAAGGAAUCUAGUAGUCAGGUGAAGCGCAUACGCUCAGUACACGUCAACAACCCCAGUGCAGCCCUACAGAGAGCAUGGGAGAGGCUUUGUGAGUGUUAUGCAGCCCCCGAAGUGAUCGAAGAGUCACUCUUCCAGCGAUUGGAUAGCUUUCCAAGAUUAACAACAAAGGACUAUGUCAAACUGCGCGAACUAGGGGAUCUCCUCCAAGAGAUUCAAGGAGCCAAGGAAGACGGCUAUCUUCCUGGUUUGUCGUAUCUGGACACUUCACGAGGAAUAGGUCCAAUAGUCAACAAGCUCCCGUACCCACUCCAAGAAAGGUGGAUGACUCAUGGUUCUAACUACAAAGAAGAUCAUAAUGGUUGUUUCCCACCCUUCCAUUACUUUUGUAUGUUCAUCUGCAAAGAGGCAAAGAAACGCAAUGACCCAAGUUUCACCCAACAAAAUAGUCAAACGUACAUUAAACAAGAAAGAUCCAACCCUAAGAGCUUUAACUCACCCAGACCUAUCGCUGUGCACAAAACAAACAUUACAACUACAAACAACGACAUAAACAACAACUGCCCACUGCACAGUAAGCCACAUCCACUAAAGAAAUGCAGGACAUUCAGGUACAAAUCAUUGGAGGAAAGAAAGGCCUUCCUCAAAGAGAGAGGAAUAUGUUUUAAAUGCUGCUCUUCAGACACUCAUCUCGCUAAGGACUGUAAAUCUACAGUAAAGUGCACUGAAUGUGACAGCACAUGGCACGACACCGUCAUGCAUCCAGGCCCUCCACCUCAAAACAAGGCUCCUUCACCUGCUCAAGAGGACGGCGGGGAGGGAGAAAAACAACCCGACAAUGUCGACGUAACAUCAAGCUGUACUGAGGUGUGUGCCCAAGGUCAUUGGGGUCGCUCAUGUUCGAAAAUAUGUCUCGCCAGGGUGUAUCCAAAGGGUAAAAAAGACAGUGCAGUUAAAGCUUAUGUAAUCCUGGACGACCAGAGCAAUCGUUCCUUAGCUAGGCCUGAGUUCUUUGAACUUUUUAAUAUUAAAACUAAGCCUUUCUGCUACAACUUAAGAACAUGCUCCGGCCUUGUUGAAACACAGGGCAAGAUGGCUGAAGGUUUCCUGAUCGAGUCGCUUGAUGAAUCAGUCAUCAUCCCAUUACCUCCUCUUAUUGAAUGUCCAGACAUUCCCAACAAUAGGAGUGAAAUCCCAACUCCAAGCGCUGUGCUGCACCAGCCUCAUCUUCGUCUCAUAGCCAAAUGCAUUCCUGAGUUAGAUCCUCAGGCUGAAAUUCUCCUGUUGCUAGGUCGAGACAUCUUACGUGCACACAAGGUUAGAGAACAAGUCAAUGGGCCUCAUCAUUCUCCGUUUGCCCAACGCCUAGAUUUAGGGUGGGUCGUAGUUGGAGAGGUGUGCCGGGGUAAGGUUCAUAAACACACAGUCAACACGUUCAAGACGAUGAUUCUCGAAAAUGGCCGCCGAACAGUUUUCGGACUCUGUGACAACUUUCUGCAACUCACAGCAAUGCCACGCACUAAAAGACAGGAUAAGGCACCUGAACAAACUCUCGGAAAAACAGUAUUCAAUCGCACAGAAAACGACAACAAACCAGCUCCAUCUAUCGAGGACAUUCUCUUCUUGGAGAUUAUGGACAAAGGAAUGUAUAGAGAUGACAAGAAUAAUUGGGUAGCACCCCUUCCCUUCAAAGAACCUCGCCAACAGAUGCCAAACAACAGGGAGCUUGCAGUCAGUCGGUUUUUGUCUCUCAAAAGAAACUUACAGAGAAAACCUCAAAUGCAAGAGCAAUACGUCGAGUUCAUGCAAGGCAUUUUCUCCAAUGGUCAUGCUGAAGUGGCUCCUCCACUGAAACAAGGUGAAGAGUGCUGGUAUCUUCCAACUUUCGGGGUUUAUCACCCACAAAAGCCCAAUAAGAUCAGAGUUGUUUUUGAUUCCAGUGCCCAGUAUUCCGGCGUCUCUCUCAACAGCGUCCUCCUCUCCGGGCCUGAUUUGAACAACA